AUGGUAUCAGAGCAGGUUCUGACCUUGGGACCUUGUUUUCGCUUCCAUUGCGACGAGUACCCACCAUUUGUGGUUCACGCACCAAGCCCAAUAAGUGCUGGGCGUGAAGGGGAAAGUUCGACUCAGUUCAGAGUAGGGAAAGCCUCUGAUCUUCUUGUUCUUGAAAGAAAACACUCUCAACACUCAACAGAAAUUCUGGCUAAUCCUUGGUGGACCGGUCAUCAGGUGGGGUUGGGUGUAGGGGUAGACCCUGCAGCAACCAAUUCACCUUCUUCCAACCUAAACAAACGCCACAUGGACCUUUCCAUCAACGAAAGAAGCCUUGUUAGAGAAAGACAAGAGGAAGAAGAAGAAGAAGAAGAUGAAAGAGACAACGGUGAUGAACCCAAAGAGGGUGCAGUUGAGGCUGGAACACGCAGGCCAAGAGGGAGACCCCCUGGUUCCAAAAACAAGCCCAAACCCCCCAUCUUCGUCACCAGGGACAGCCCAAACUCCCUCAGAAGCCAUGUCAUGGAGGUUGCCGGCGGGGCCGACGUGGCGGAAAGUGUGGCCCAGUUUGCACGGAGGCGCCAGCGUGGGGUGUGUGUCCUCAGUGGGAGCGGUUCCGUGGCCAACGUUACUCUCCGGCAACCUUCGGCACCGGGAGCGGUUGUGGCACUUCAUGGAAGGUUUGAAAUUCUGUCCCUAACCGGAGCGUUUCUGCCUGGUCCUGCCCCGCCAGGAGCUACAGGACUUACUGUGUAUCUCGCUGGAGGGCAGGGCCAGGUAGUGGGAGGGAGCGUCGUGGGCUCCCUUGUGGCAGCUGGACCAGUCAUGGUGAUUGCUGCCACUUUUGCUAAUGCUACCUAUGAGAGGUUGCCCCUUGAGGAGGAGGAAGACGACGGUGGUGGUAGCGUGCAAGGAGGGAGUACCCUAGGAGGAUCUCCUCAUGGAAUUGGUAGUAGCGGCGGCGGUGGCGGUAGUGGUGGUGGCCACUUAUCAGGUGGGAUUCCUGGUCCUUCUUCUUUGCCUUUGUAUAAUCUCCCACCAAAUCUUCUUCCCAAUGGAGGCCAAGUGGGGCAUGAGGCUUUUGCUUGGGCUCAUGGCCAUGGAAGGCCACCUUACUGAAUUCAUACCAAGGUUUUAAAUUGCUGAUGCCGUCAUUGUUGUGAAGAAUUUUGUGAUCACAACUUUAUUGUUGCACUCACAAUUGAUAUUAUAUAUAUAUAUAUAUAUGUGGUUAUUUAAAACCUUGGGGUGAUAUAUAGAGACUUCAUGUGUGGCUGGUUCGAGAUCUAAUGGAAUUCUGUUGGUGUUAUCUUUCUAGUUUGAAGGAUUAAUUAGGAAUUGGGGAAAGAAUUGCAAAGAUUUUAGAAAGCUGGAGUAGUUGUGAAGAACUGUGGAGACGAGGAAGAGAAGCAUGUUUUAAUUUACUUAGCUCAGUGUAUAUGUAUAUGGAGUAAGAACUUUGAUUUCUGUGUUUUUCUUUUGCUUUAUGUGUUUGGAAUAAAGAAAGUGAUCGAUGAUGGGCGAAUUUUUAAUGGAUUAAUUUCUGAAUAGUUUUAACUGUCAUACAUUUUAAUUUAAUUUAUGAACUCUAGUGUUUUUUUUUUAAAUAUAAUCCUUGAUAUUUUGUUGGUUGAA